CCAAGCUUGACGACCACUGUAUCGCCCGCCUGAACGCCCGCCAACAUCCUGCUCGGGAAAGCUGCGGUAGCAACCUUCUACAGCUUCAAGACUCCAUCAUCCACGACUGAGACAGCUACAGGCCCAGACGUCUGACCAUAUCAAGUCACCCGUAGCAUCCUCGAUCCACAAUCCCGCAUUCAAGAGUUGCGGCUGCCAGCCAAGGCGUUACGAUUCCAUCUUUGUCAUCAGCUCUUCAACGGCCUCGAUCAAGAGCCCCCUUCCCACGAACAUACCCCCCCAGCCGAGCUUGGACACUUAGAACCGACGAUAUUCAACCACAAACCAACCACACACCAUGCCUGGUUUCGAUUUCUCAAAUUACAACCGCAAUGCGGCUCUCCACGCCCGCGGCGUGCCCCUCCCCAAGGCGACCAGCACAGGUACCACCAUUGUGGGAUGUAUAUAUGAUGGUGGUGUAGUGAUCGCCGCCGAUACCCGUGCCACCUCAGGCCCCAUUGUCGCCGACAAGAACUGCGAAAAGCUCCAUUACAUCUCCCCUAACAUCUGGUGCGCCGGUGCCGGUACCGCCGCCGACACCGAGUUCACCACCGCCCUCAUCUCCUCCCAGCUCGAGCUCCAUUCCCUCUCCACCGGCCGCAAGCCCCGCGUGGUAACCGUCAUGACCAUGCUCAAGCAGCACCUCUUCCGCUACCAAGGACACAUCGGCGCCUACCUCGUCGUCGCCGGCGUCGACCCCACUGGCACCCACCUCUUCACCGUCCACGCCCACGGCUCCACCGACAAGCUGCCCUACGUGACCAUGGGUUCCGGCUCCCUCGCCGCCAUGUCCGUCUUUGAGACGCAGUGGAAGGCCAAGCUGACCCAGGAUGAGGCUGUGAAGCUCUGCGCGGACGCUAUCGAGGCUGGUAUCUGGAACGAUUUGGGUUCUGGUAGCAACGUGGAUGUGGCAAUCAUCACGCCGGAGAAGACAAUUCUCAAGAGGAACUACAUCAAGCCAAACGAGAGGACGCAGAAGCUCAAGAGCUAUGUGUUCCCAACGGGUACCACGGCGGUGCUGAACGAGAAGAUCACGAUCAGGAAGCAGGAUAUUGGGAACUUUGUCAGUAUCACGGACUUGACGGAGGCGGAGGCUGGCGAUAAGAUGGAGGUUGACACAUAGGUGCUGGGAUGAGGCGUGGGUCAUGUGAUAUUAGUAUUGAUGUGUUGAAAUUGAGAGCAGGCGUGGGCAAAGAACUAAUAGAGCUCAAGUCGAAUCAUUAAUUUCGGACGUAUUUGGUGUGC